AUGCGAGCCUCAUUAGCUCUGUUGUUUGGGCUGGCUGCCAGCCCAGCUUUAGCUGGAUGUCCAUUUGGUUUCGACAAGAGAUCAGAUAUUGACGACCUUACGAAACUCCAAAACCAUGCCAACAUGCAACGAAAUGCUGCUUCCACCCCAGCAAAGACCUCCCGCAGCAACGCCGAUGGCAGUAAGGGUGUUUUCAUGAUGAAUCGAAUCGCCCCCGGCACAUCGAAUCUGUAUAUCGCAAAUGCAGACGGCACCAAGGAGCGACAGCUUCUCUCAGAUCCGAUUUUUGAAUACCACGCUUCAUUCUCUCCAGAUGGAGAGUGGGUCACAUUUACCGGUGAACGCAAUGGCGACGGAAAUGCUGAUAUCUAUCGCGUUCGCACAAACGGAUCUGACUUGGAACAAUUGGUCGCUACCCCUUCAGUCGAAGACUCGGUUAUCAUUUCGCCCAAUGGAAGCAUGGCUGCCUAUGUUUCCACUGCCAACAACAUGAAAGCAAACAUCUGGAUCAUGGACCUGGUUACCGGAAAGAAAUGGAAUAUUACAGACAGUCCUUUAACUGCUUUCAAUACGUCUUUGAUGGGUGGUUAUUUCCGCCCUGCUUGGUCUCCUGAUGGCGAAUGGAUUGCGUUCUCGUCAGACCGCAAUACACAAUGGAGCGGGCACGGUGAACCGACCUACCUUGGUCUGACUGGAUGGGAGACCACACAAGAGCUCUCUAUAUACGUGAUCCGUCCCGACGGGACAGACUUCCGCCAAGUUGUUACAAAGCCUUACUACUGCCUGGGAUCUCCCAAGUGGUCACCCGAUGGUAAAAGACUUGUCUACUACGAGAUGACACGCGAGGACACCUACAAUGCACACAGUUCAUUUGCCCUCACAGAGGCGAGCUCAGCCAUUAUCUCAGUGGACGUUGCAACGGGCAAAGACCGCAAGGUCGAAGUCAACAGUACUGGUGUCAAGAUCUUCCCUCAGUAUGUGGACAACAACGGAACUAUCGCCUAUUUGCUGAAGACUGGAGAGUCCAAUGAGGGCCUUUACACCACUUCUGGCUCCUUCACCAAUUUCACUGGCACCGUUCGCUCACCUUGCUGGUCCCCCAAUGGGAAACAGGUCGUGUACGAGAAGACGACUUGGGUGAUUCGUGACGGCUAUAAGCAGCUGUACAGCUGGGAUCCCGAAUGGGAUUACCGCUUCACCGAUGUCUUCCCGCAGUACUCUACCGUGGAUGAUCGCGUCGUCAUUACUCAAAAGCAACUGGGAAACUCUUCCAUAGUGACUCUGAAUACCACCGGCGGAGACCUGAGCCUAGUCUAUGAUCCCAGCACCGCAGAUUUCCUCACAUCUUCUCAAACUUCCGGUGCGGCCGCCUACAAUCCGAACUGGUCUCACGAUGGCGAGUGGCUUGUUUUCGGCGUGGGUUUCUGGUUUGAGACCCGCGAAGAGUCUGGUGGUUGGAUCGUGCGAUCAACUGCCAACGGCUCUUAUUCGGAGGUUCUUGUGGAUAGUGCAUACUCCAUUGCAAACACUACAACCCUGAAUAAUGGCUACCCGAGCUUCUCACACGACGGAAAGAAAGUUGUCUACCGUGUUUGGGGCUCUGAUACAGCAACCUACGGCAAUAAGUCAGAAAUUGGUCUUCGAAUUCUUGACCUCGAGACGAGAAAGACGACUGUUCUCACUACUGAGUGGGACAAUCUUCCUGAAUACUCGCCAGAUGGGGAGCUCAUUCUUUUCACACGAAAGACGAGCGUAUCUAAUUAUGACGUUUUCACUAUUCGCCCUGAUGGAACAAACCUCAAGGCUCUUACGUCUAGCGGAGCGAAUGAUGCCCACGCUGUCUGGUCUCACGAUGGCCGCAUUAUGUGGUCGACUGGUAUGAACGGAUUCCGAUAUGAAUGUGCACUUUAUGAUGGUACCUUCCAGCCUUAUGGACAGAUCAUGAUUAUGAACGCAGAUGGUUCAAACAAGACACCCUUGACGGACUCAAUGUGGGAAGAUUCUAUGCCGGUUUAUCUUCCCAAGUCUGUACUUUGA